UACGUAAACUCACUUACGUCAGUCCCAUGAUGGCUGAAGAUCCUGGAGGAACAUUUUUCAAUUUCUCUCCCACUUUUUUAUUUUUCUCUUUACCUCUGCUUGUCAUAGAGACAUGGCAGGAUACACAGCCUCGAUAAGCGGCCACAGACCCUUGUUACCGCCAUGCCCAAGAAAGGGAACCGAAAACGGCUGAAAUUUCGGGCCGGGGACGUCUGCUCGGAGUCAGUGACAGUUGCUGAUUUCGCCAAUGCCGACCCAGCCGUUGUGAAGUCGGGGAGGGUAAAAAAGGCCGUUGCCAAUGCAAUUGAAAAAGAAGUGAAGAUGUUGUGUGGGCUAGAGGGGUCGCAGGGUUCCGUACAGGAGGUGUUCUCGUCAGCAGCCACCCUCACCGGAGACACCCUGGAGAGUAGCGACGACCUCGACCCCGGGGAGGAUGGAGAGAACGAGGCCAAACAGGCCCGCAAGAAGAAAAACAAGAGGAGGAAAGAGUGCAGCGAGUGCAGUGAUGGGGAGGACUACACAGUGGAUAUCUGGCUGGUGCUGGCUUCCUAUAUCCGUCCAGAGGAUGUGUGUACGUUUGCUCUGAUCUGCAGAAACGCCUGGACCGUCACCUGCACUGCUGCCUUCUGGACCAGACUAUACAGGCGACACUACAGUCUGGAUACUCACCUGCCGUUCCGUCUGCAGCCAGACUCCAUAGCCAGGAAGCGUUGUCUACGGGCUCGCGUGAUUCGCUCCCUCUUCCACCUGUAUGAGCCAUUCAGCUCACGUGUCUCCCUGAACCCCGCCCUCCCAGAGUCCACGCCCACCACACUACUCAACUCCAAGUGUCUGCUGUUCUGGGUCAAUAAGGUUGUGGGCACUCGACCUGAUCCUAUGUGGGAGUUCAACUUCAAGUUUGUGAAGCCGGCGGUGAGGUGUAAGGGUGGUAAUGCCACCCGGGGUCUGCUGCUGCCCCGUCAGUAUGAGGAGGUCCAUGCCAACCCAGACUCAGACUGCUACCUGCUGCAGGUCACCACCCUCAACUUCAUCUUUACCUCCGUCGUCAUGGGGAUGACCCUCGCCCUGUUCAACAUCAACGUGAGCACGGACAUGCGUCACCACCGAGUGCGCCUGCUAUUCCAGGACUCUCCCCCCCAGCGGGGGAGGAGGGGGGAGCAGGGGGGGACACAGGUGGUGCUGGAUCCUGUACACAGCGUGAGACUCAUGGACUGGUGGCAUCCGCAGUACCCUUCUUCCCCCUAUAUCUAAAACCCAUGUCUCAUCACGUGUAGAACCCUCUUACUAUCCCACACACACAUUACACCCGUUUACUCCUAAAACCCUGACUGUACCGUCUGCCCGUACACCUAGAACACCCAGUAUCCCCCUACACCAAAAACCAUCCACAUUACCCUGUCUCCCUGUACAGCCAGAACCUUGCUUCAGCUCAACCUUCUACAGCCCCAGACACAACACCUACCUCCUCAGUACCCUAGCUCUCCAGAGACAAACCCUCAAUACCUUCCAAUCCCCUCACAUUGCCUACCCUCAGACCACCCUACAAGUUUAUGUUGAACAGAUGCAGAGACAAUGUCAUUUCUUUAAUAUGUUCUCCUUUCUGUAACUGCUAAAUCUUAGUUUAAGGCCAUUUUUAAACGGGAGACUUUUGAUUUUACAUUUGUUUGGCUGUAAUUCUAGUUUGGCUUUCAUGAUUUUUCUGCUUGUGUAAUUGUAUUUAAUUUGAUACCUGUAAUCUUUGGAACUUUGUAAACCCCUACACCUCCUCAGGAAGGAAGGGGGUCUGAAGGCUGUAAUGGGAGCACCAUUUUAUAUCCUGCUUAUGUCUGUGCUAGAAUGUUCCUGAUUUGGGUUUAUGAACACAAGGCCAGUCUUGUAUGUAAAAAAUGAUCAGUAGAAGCCAGUCUUGGCUAAUUUCUAACGAGGUGGUAUUUGAAGAAUCAACAUGUAAUACCCACAGGAGACCGGAUGGCAGCUCUUUUCUACUGUUCACUCGUCGUCCAAUCAAAAUGCAGUCCAGAACAUUUAGUGUUUGAUUUUAGUGUGAAUAUAGAAGUUUGUUAUCGUGUGUAGUGGAAAGCAAAGCUUUUUGUUGAUGAUCAGACCUGAAAUUGCUUCAUUGUAAAUUAAUGUAUAGCUGGUUGACCUUGUGAGGGAUGUAUGUAUGUUUGGCUGUGAGAGCCAACCAUCAUUUCAGUCCCCAUGUAAAGCCUGUGGAUGCUGUCUAUGUGAUUGUUUGGUCAACCUCCUGUACUGAAAUACAACUGGAAAGAACCCCCA